AAUUGAUCAAACAAAUUAAACGAAAAUUUUGACUAAAAAGCUAUUUUCCUUAACACCCUGUAAUAUUCAUUCAUACAAUCAUACAUAUCUUUUUCCGCAUCUUAUUGAUAUGGUAAAAGCAUCCAAUUAACACCACAAAUUGUUAAGGGCGAGAGAAGUUCACUCCUCAGUCCUCUCCAUGCAAAACAAAGAAUUAGUUCAAUUCAUCUCUUUAAAACCCCUCCAUGACCGGCAAGCUUCGCCGUCGGCCAUCUCGAUCAGAUCACCGUAAAGGCGCGGCAGCCUUACACGAUCUCCUUCUUUUUCAUAAUCAAACUAACUAACUAAUAGGAAGGCAAAAAAAUACAUAUAAUGAGUCAUUUGCACCUCUCCGCCGCCGCAGUUAUCCUCCUAACAUGCAUUCUCUCCACCGCCUCCGCCUUCAACAUCACGCGGAUCCUAAAUCGCUACCCCGAGUACGGCGUCUUCAACGAUCUAUUGAGUCGGACCGGUUUAGCCUCUGAUAUUAAUCGGCACUCGACGGUAACCGUUUUGGCGGUGAAGAACGGCCAGAUCGGAGAUCUCACCAGCCGUCCGAUCGAUCUCGCGGAGAGCAUUCUCCGGACGCACGUGAUUUUGGACUACUAUGACAUCAUGAAGCUCCACCGGCUCAAGUAUGACCACGCGAAGGUCACCACUAUGUACCAGCAGACGGGAAUCGCGGACAAAAAUCAGGGGUUUCUGAACGUCACUACCGGAAAAGACGGCGUGAUUUUCGGAUCGGCCGUUAGGCAUUCCCCGCACGACGCGCGUUUGGAGGAGGCGGUUAUGAGCCGGCCGUACAACAUCUCCGUGCUUUGCGUCUCGUGCAUCAUCGUCACUCCCGGCCUCGACGGAUACUCCAUGCCGCCGGCGGAAGCGCCGCCUCCUGACUCCGACUCGCCGGCCCCGGCUCCCGCCCGAAGACGCCGCCGCCGGAAACGCGCCCCCGCCCCAGCCGAGGAGGAGGUUCCGGCUCCCGAUUCCGAUUCCUCAGACUAUGCCCCCUCCGAUUCCCCAGCUGAUGCACCCGGACCUGACGCCGACGCAGCUGACAAAUCCUCGGCCGGAAAGUCCGCCGCCGUUUCCCUCGUCGGUUUCUUCCUGCUGUUGUGUUCUCUGCUUGCAGCUCACUAACUCUUCUUGAAGACUGCUGAGGAUAUUAGCCAUGGCCAUGAUCGGAAGGAUACACAAAAAAAAAAAAAAACAGAAAACUAAAGAUGUUUUCAAAAACAUGAUCAAAUUUUGUUAAGUAAACACGUCUCCAAAAAUAUAUUUAAAAAAAAAAUAAGUGGCCAAAUGGGUGAUGUUUUAAUGGAAAUUAUGAAGGAGAUAUGAUAAGGUAUCAUCGGAUACCACGUCAGCAUUGUAUCACCCGGUAAUAAAUUGACAAAUCAUCAUUUCAAGAAAUAAAUGGACAUUCUCAUUUCCAAAAAAAAAGUGAUAUUUUUUUUCUCUA